CCACCCUUGUCAAUAUUGAGAUUGAUAUGACGAUCUGACAGUGAACGUCAAAAUUAUAAAAAGUUAGUUUUGUCUUUUCGUUUUCUCAGUUUUCUUGAAUCGCCUUUUAUUGUGAGUGUAUUUUAGUAAACUGGCCAACUAUUUGGUGAAAUUCCCCGCAUAAAUAAAACACCGAUCAACGCAAAAUGGAUACAAACGCAGUCAUAGGAAGCAUAGUGUUCGUAUUGAUGACCGGUUGUGUUACUAUGUGUCUGACCUACUUCUACUAUGGAGGCCGAUCCAAAAGCUACGAAGAGCUAUGGGAGGAGAACAAGCAACUGCAGGCGGCCAACAGAAAUCUAGUGCAAAGUGCUUAUGCAAAGCCCAAGGAGAAGAAGAACAAAAAGGCGAAAAAGGGAAAUAAGAACAAUGCGGCUCCAACAACUGAAGAGGCGUUCUCCAAAGAGGCAAGUUGGGAAACCAUAGAAGACAGUCCAGAACCAGAAGAGGCAAAGCCACAGGCAAAACCGAAGCUCAAUAACAACAAUUCAGCAGCAAAACCCCAAACCAAGCAGUCCAAGAGCCAUGUGGUGUUCGUGGAAAAUACUACUGAAGUUCCAAUUGAAAAGGAAUUGGCCAGUAAGAAGCGCGCAAAACGGGUGCGCUCUAUUCUGGACAAAAAAUCAUCUAAAACGGAAAUUAUUCUUCCGGUUAUCGGAACCACGCCGGUAGCGAAUCAUUUCGAAGAUACUCAACCAAAAGAUGAAAUUAUGCUCCUGAUUUCCAGCAGUAAGAUCGAGACGAAAGCUGAGAAAGCACCGAAGAAGAACAAGCAAACCAAACCGGAGGUUCAACCAGUGGAGAAGAACAAUGCUGCUGAACAGCCGGAAGUGAUUCUGGAAAAGGAAAAGAUUAAAGAGGAAGUCGUCCUUGCUGUGGUACAAGAACCAGCUGCACCUGCCGCCAGUAUUGGAAAGGAAAAAAAGAAAAAGAAAAGCGAAUUUAACCCGAAACAGCCAAUACCUGGUGAUAAAAUCAUCGAAGCAAUCAGAAACUCGGAAAUUUCUCACACCGAGAGCCAACUACUUGUCGACCUUAUUCUGAACAAGCAACAAGAACAUUCGAUUAUUACAGAUGAGUGGUCUGAGGGAAAAUCUGAUCCAGUUCAAAAACUGAAAAAGCAGUUGGCUGAGAGAGAAAAACAAGUUGCCGAAGGACAAGAAGCCCUUACCGCCGUUCAAGCCAAGCUCAAAGAGAUUCGAAUGGAGCAACAGUCGGAAAAGUCUCAACUUUUGCAAUUGCUCAACAGCAGCAGUCUUCGGCAAAAACGAAUCCAGGAGUUGGAGGACCUGCGUAAUGCCGAUAGUGCGAAUUUCGAAAUGGUCGUAGAGGAAAACAAGGCCCUGAAGAUGCAAAUGAAUCAACUUGAAGCCGCAAUGAUCACGCUUCAAGAGACAGACGCUCAUUUCAAAGCCGAAAAUCUACAGCUUGGUGAGCAGUUGCAGUUACUCACGCGUCAAAGGAAGGAACAAGAUACCAAUUACCAAAAUUUACUUAUCAAGCUGCAGGCUUUGGAGAGCAAUCAUAGUUAUGCCUUGAGCGCAGCUCAAGAGGAGACGCGCAGAUUAUCUGAACAACUAAUGCUGACAACGAGCACAUUGGCGCAAGAAGAACACAAGAACGAAAUGAUCGCACAGCUACAAUCCGAACUUUUACAACUAAAAGAAGAACGGUGUGAGCAGAUCAAUGGCUCGACUGAAGUGACCAAAAAUCAGGAAGUUCAGAUACUCAACCUCACCACCGAAAUAUCGUUCCUGAAACUGCAGCUGACCAAAUUCCAGCAAACCCUGCACGAGGAAGAGGCAAAGUAUCUGGAGGACCAGAAGGCAGCCGAUCAAAAAUGCAAGUUGUUGGAAAGUGAAAUCGAAGAACACAGAAGUAAAAAUGAUCAAUUGCGCAAAAAGAACUGGAAAUUGGUGGAAGCUUUAAAAGCAGCAGAAAGUAGAAAUGCAACAGAGUGCCACAAGAGCACUCAAGUUGAGGUCCAUGAAGCAGUAGACACACACCAGAACAAUACGGCUGAAAUGGUCAAAUUGAAACUUCAAGCUGAUCAUUAUAGGAACGCAUUGGACGAAUCUGUAACGACUCUGAACGCGCUUCAGGAUCAAAUAGUUGCAGAAGAAAGCACUUGGCGAUCGUUGCUAGCGGAGAAAGACGAAGAGAUCAGAGACUUAAAAACCCAAUGUAUUCCCGAGAAAACUGCGCUCACCCCAAACCCGCCUGAUUCGAACGGGGUCCAAUUUGCUUUCAAGUGUAUAGAAAAAUCUCUUCCUGUUAUUAUCGACGAGUUAGAAAACAAAAUAUCAACUUUAGAAAGCCAAUUAGCUGGAGAGCACGAGAACCUAAAUGUCGCAAAACCACUCAAUACACAGCCUCACACACCGGAAAAUAACUUUGUAUCGCGCCAGGAGUUAGACGCCACGUGCAUUAAACUUUCCUCUCAACUAAAGUUGCAGAAAGAAUUCCUAGAAAAUGAAUCAUCGCAAAAUAACGAUGUCGCCAAUUGCUUGAAGGUUGAGACGCGGAACGAACCCACUGAAUACUAAACAAUUAGAUGCGUAUUAAACUAAGGUUUUAAAAAAAUGAAAUAUAUUUCUUUAUAUGUAUUUUUUACUGUAAUCAUUCCUGGAUUGAUUGGUUUAUGUGUAAAUUAUUGCUCGAUUAUAAUCUGUGGCGUAUUGUUAGAAACAACUUUUUGACAACGAAUAUGAAGGCGAUGUUAGUCUUACGCGUCACUAAAAUAUAAGUUCUAUUCCCACUAUUUUACCACAACUCUCUGCUCGUUUCACAUAACGUGAAACGAGCUGAAAGUUGUGAACCAGUUUUUGUACCCUCGUUUGACCCUAAUGGGAUUGUUUUAACUUUAUCCGAUAUUCAAUGUUUUCUGAGACUAAAAUUUACUUCAACAAAGUCGUUUUCCUAUUCGCCUGAUAAGAAUAUUCGGAGAUUUUCAGAUAUUAAUUCAAUUUUAUUUUCUUUUUAGUUCGUCUUGUUGGCGCAUAAAUACCUAGGCUUUUGUAGUUUCUAACUGUAAAAUUAUUCGUAGUUUUAAGUUUCAUCGCAAUACAAAUCAUUUAACAUUGA